AUGCAGCUUCUCGUCGGGACUGCUGGCUGGUUUCCAGUCACGUGGACCACCUCCAUCCAAUCAGAUGAUCGUGACGUCACCGCUAUCUGCUCACCUUUGGAUGCCAACGCGCACACCAACCCAGGUAAUGUGGACAUAAUACAAGGACACGUUUUAACAACCAUUUUUACGCAUACGAACACGAGAAUGUCGAGCUCUAAGGAGAAAGAGUGGAGCCUCUCCUUCGCCGGCUGUGGUUUUAUGGGCAUUUAUUACGUGGGAGCCUCGAGCUGUAUCCUGGAGCGGUUCCCUUGUCUCAUCCGGAACGCAUCCAAGAUCUACGGGGCCUCUGCGGGGGCCCUGAUGGCCGCGUCCCUCGCCACGGGAGUCCCGCUGGAGAAGUGCUGCACGGAUUUGAUGUACAUGGCAAAGGAGGCCCGGAAGCACAAACUGGGCCCACUGCACCCGUCUUACAACCUGCUGCAGCUGGUAAAGGAGUCGCUGCUGGCCGGCCUGCCGCCCGACGCCCACCUGCGCGCCUCCGGGAGGCUUUGCAUCUCACUGACACGGGUGUCCGACUGCAAAAACGUCCUGGUGUCCGACUUCGACAGCCGAGAGGACCUCGUUCAGGCCCUUUUGUGCAGCUGUUUUGUCCCUUUCUACUGUGGAGUCAUUCCUCCUACCUACCGUGGCGUGCACUACGUGGACGGCGCGGUCAGCGACAACUUGCCCCGCGGCCACCAGAAGAGCACCAUCACCGUGUCGGCGUACGCCGGCGAGAGCGACCUCUGCCCGCGGGGGAACACUCCCAGCUUCCACCAGGUGCGCUUCAACAACGUCAGCAUCCAGGUCAACUCGGAGAACGUCUACCGGGUGACCAGCACCUUCUUCCCGCCACAGCCGGAGGACAUGGCUGAGAUCUGCCACAACGGCUGGACCGACGCGCUACGCUUCCUACAAGACAACAAUCUUAUAGAUUGUGAACCUCCCCCAAGGAGUUUGGAGGCCCUUUCCCCCAAACCAGCCUGUUGUGAUCUAGUUGAGGUGCCAGUGGAAGCCGCAGGGUCUAGCGAGGAGCACUGGUGGCUCAACCCAUCCGUCAUAGAGAACCUCCCAGUUAACCUCAAAAAAGUGUUGUGCGUGGCGUGCAGACAGGCGCACCCUGGUGGCGGUUUCCUGUCUCACAUGUCUGAGCUGUUUCCACUCAAGGUGUCCUCCUCCUUCCUGCGGUUCCCUAGCACAAAGUCCUUCGGGCCGGCCUUCUCACUAGCGCAAAGAAUGGCACACUGGCUGCCGGACCUGCGCCCGGACCUGAGCUGGCUCUACAGGGCGGCGGGAGGCUUCCAAAAGAAUCUCUACGACAAGGAGGAUAACGAAGAUGAGGAAGAGGAUGAAUGGGUGGGAUCAAGAUUGCAAAGGUGCUCCAGCCUGCCAUCGGACCUGAACCUGUGGAGUGACCAGGACGAGACUACACUCCCGUCCAUCCUGUCGUCCAAUGAAUUGGAUGCAUACGUGCCCCUAACUCCGCCCCCUACUCCUACCUUGAAGCCGGAGUUUAGAGACGUGACAUCAUAA